ACCGUGAUAUUUCUGACCUGUUCUUCGAAGCUGUUUUUUGUUUACAAACUUUUUUUAUUAAAAAUUUGAAAAUUAAAGUUAAACUGUGAUUUUAUGGGGGUUUUUUGGGUGCAAUAAUAGUUUUUAUUUUCAUUAACUAAACAAUGUCAGCUGAAGGAUUCCGUCAGGAAAUGCCUCCUAAGGGAGGAUUUGCUGGAGUACAGUGGCAGCGUAUUCCUUUAAAAAAACCAUGGAGUGGUCUUAAAUUAUUUACUGUCUGGGCCGUUGUUACAGCUGCAUCUUAUAAAGUAUAUUUUGAAAAUAUCCGAUUGAGAAGGCGAUUGAGGCGAGAAAAUGAAGAAUUGACUGUUGCUAUAGAACCUCUUCUAAUUGCUGAGCGAGAUAGAAUGUAUUUGGACCAGCUUCGUAAGAACAGGGAAGACGAAAAAGAAUUAAUGAAAAAUGUACCUGAUUGGGAAGUAGGCACAUUAUAUGGAGAUCGUGUUUUCAAAACUGUUGGUGACAACAUUAUAGAUCCUUGUUCAGUAGAGUAUUAUGCUCAUGCCCAACCAUAUGCACGUGCUUAUAUGCACACUUAUGAUUUCUGGAUGUAAAAUUUGCUUUAGGUUACAUAUAAGAAAUUUUGUAGCUAGAUGAAUAUCUAUUUAACUAAUAAAUGCAAGUGGUUUCAAAUUUUGA